CGUGCCUCUUUCCAGCAGCCGCCGCCGCCGCCGCCUCUCGUUGGGCUCCCGGUCCGCAGCCAGGCCGCCGUGCGAUUGGCGCGCCCGCCUCGAGCCCCCGGGGUCGUGACAUCAGCAGGCGCUCGAGCCACAAAAAGCGCCGCGCGGCGGCAGAAGCAGCAGCAGCAGCACCAGCGCGCGAGCCUCGCACCGCCAGCCUGCCCAGCCAGAAGGGGGCCGCCGCCGCCAGCGGGAAGGGAAGUGCGUGACCCGGGGACGGGGACAGCUGGUCUGGGAGCGCGCCCGCGGAUGCUCAGGGCGGUCCCCCUUUGGAGGAGUUACAGCAGCAGCAGCAGCAGCAGCGGAGCCCGGCUGUCGGCGGCGAGGGGCCCCCGGCGGGGCAUGCCGGCCCGGCAGAGCAGGACGCCGGGCGCGCGGCGGGCCCACCUGGGUGGCGGCUGCGGGCGGCGCCCUUCCAGCCCGCAGUGAGUGAGAUGCGGGGGCCAGCGGGCCACGGGCACAGCGCAGCAGCAGCACCGCCGCCGCUUCCUCGUCCGCCUGGCGCGCAGGGUGAGGAGGAGCCCUGGAGAGCCUCAGUGGCCGGGAUGGUGCCUUCGCCGGCCAGCCCCGCGACCUGAGCGGGCCAGAGCGAGCAGAGGACCGCGCCCCGCGACCCCCCGAGGACUGCUGCCGGCCUUCCCCCGACAGGCUGGACGCUCCCGCGGGACGGACGCCUGGCACUACCCGCUCGGCACCGCCUUGAUCGGCCAGGUUACUGACCAUGGUUGCCGGGACCCAUUCUCUACUAGCACUGCUGCUUUAUCAGGUGUUGCUGGGUGGCUCGGCCAGCCUCAUCCCAGAGGUGGGCGACCGGAGAAGGUUCAGUGGCGAUUUGAUCCGGGCUGCUCCGCUGCAACUCUCGGAAGGGAUCCUGCGUGAAUUUGAGCUGCGCCUGCUCAAUAUGUUUGGUCUUAAGCGGCGGCCCACACCGAGCAAGAACGCCAUCAUCCCUCCCUAUAUGUUGGGCCUCUACCACCUGCACACCAGCCAGAAGCCAAGCCCCAUGGACUAUAACCUGGAGAGAGCUACCAGCAGGGCCAACACCGUCCGAAGCUUCCACCAUGAAGAAACCCUGGAAGAGCUUCCAGAAAGAAGUGGGAAGACAUCCCGUCGUUUCUUCUUUAACUUGACUUCUAUCCCGAGUGGGGAGUUUAUUACUUCAGCUGAGCUUCAGGUUUUUCGGGAACACCUGGAAGACGCCUUCGAAACCAACAGCAGUUCUUACCACCGUAUUAAUAUUUAUGAAAUAAUCAAACCGGAGAGCGAGGCCUCCAAAGACCCCGUCACAAGACUUUUGGACACCCGCGUGGUGCACCACAACGCCAGCAAAUGGGAAACGUUUGACGUCACGCCCGCUAUAAUGAGGUGGAUUGCACAUGGACAGCCUAAUCAUGGGUUUGUGAUAGAAGUGGUCCAUUUGGAGAACGAGAGCAGCAUCUCCAAGAGACACGUCAGGAUCAGCCGGUCUUUGCAUCAGGACGAUGCCAGCUGGUCUAUGGUUAGGCCGCUACUAGUAACCUUUGGACACGACGGGAAGGGGCAGCCUCUCCAUAAGCGAGAGAAGCGCCAAGUGAAACACAAACAACGCAAGCGCCUUAAAUCCAAUUGUAAAAGGCACCCAUUAUAUGUGGACUUCAACGACGUUGGGUGGAAUGACUGGAUAGUGGCCCCCCCAGGUUACAGUGCCUUCUACUGCCACGGAGAAUGCCCCUUUCCCCUGGCAGAUCAUCUGAACUCCACCAACCACGCCAUUGUUCAGACUCUGGUCAAUUCAGUGAAUUCCAAAAUCCCGAAAGCUUGCUGCGUGCCGACAGAACUGAGCGCUAUCUCCAUGCUCUACCUUGAUGAGAACGAGAAAGUGGUACUAAAGAACUAUCAAGAUAUGGUAGUGGAGGGCUGUGGUUGCCGCUAAACGUGGCAGCGGUCGCAGCAGCAAAAAUAAAGACAAAUGCGAAAGAAAAAAAGUAAACUUGACACUUUAAUAUUUUCCCAAUGAAGACUUUAUUUAUGUUAUGAAAUGGAGAAUUAAACACAACUAUUUUGGAAAAAAAAUCUAUUUAUGUCUACAGAAAAAGUGAGGAAAAAAUAUUUUAAUCAGAGAAUUAUUCCUUUUAAAAGAUUUUUAAACAUAUUUUAGUUGUACAUUUUAUAUGGGUUUAAUCCCUCUUCCCCUUUCCCCCCUCAGCACAUGAAGUAUAAAGGUCAGAUUCUUAUUUUGUAUUUAUUUACUAUUAUAACCACUUUUUAGAAAAAAAAAUAGCUGAUUUGUAUUUAUAUGUAUAAUCAACAAAAAAGCAGAAGAAAAAAAUAUAGGGUUUGUACAUAAUUUAAAACAAACAAAACAAAAUGGUAGCUGUUUUCAAUUGUGUGUAUUUAAGUCGAAAAAUGUGUACGUGGAAGGAGGGUUACUGUGGCAAAGGGUGCGUGAUGCAUUUUGCUUUCUGCAGUUCUACUGUUUAAAAGGGUCACAAGUGCAAACCCAAUGAAAAGUGGCUAAUCCGCCCUGCUGACUCAAGAUUAUAUUGUACAAGUCUCAGGAAUGCGGCAGGGUGGGCUGCCCGGUCCAUGAGAAACUGGCAUCCGCCCGAUGGGGAGCAUUUGGAUAAGAACCAGGCUUUGCUGAGCAAGGAGAAAUAACGGCUGUUCCUCAGGAAGGUGUGAUGUGACAACCAGCUGGGUUGCUAGAAACUUCUCUUCCCCCCCACCCCCCCACACAUAUCUACAGAAAAGCAAAAUGCUUCUGUCAUUCCUCCCGUUUUCAGUAGUCCGUCCAUUGUCCUGGCCAAAUAUUAAAUAAAAUACCAGAUUUCUUUCA